AUAUUAACCUAAUACUAAUUUCUGUGUUGUUUUAUUCUUCAUACGGAUUUUUGAAUCCGAAAAAUAUUUUAGUGGUUCAACUAACUUCGUUUUUACGGUCGAAUUAACGAAUACAGAGAGUUCGUAAUCAAAAUGGAGUGCGUUGUUCAGGGUAUUAUAGAGACUCAGCACGUUGAGGCCUUGGAGAUCCUUCUUCAAGGACUUUGUGGAGUUCAUAGAGAGCGCUUAAGGAUCCAUGAAUUAUGCCUUAAAAGUGGUCCAAAUCUAGGGGUAGCAGCUUCAGAGGUUCGACUCUUGUGUGAUCUUGAGCAGCCUGAACCCACAUGGACUGUCCGACACAUUGGUGGUGCAAUGAGAGGUGCUGGUGCUGAGCAAAUUCCGGUGUUGGUGAGGACUUUGAAUGAGAGUAAAGUAAGCAAGAAUGCACUCCGCUUUUUUUACUCACUAGGCUACAAGUUAGACCAUGAGCUGCUGAGGGUGGGAUUUGCCUUCCAUUUCCAAAAGGGAGCCCAAAUAACCGUUACAGUGUCUUCAGUUAAUAAAAUGCUGAAACUGCAUGCAACAGAUGAAGCUGUGCCUGUAACACCUGGUAUACAGCUGGUCGAAGUGACAGCGCCUGCGUCAUCUGAGAACUACACUGAGGUUGUGGUUGCUGUAUCAUCGUUUUGUGAAUAUCUUGCACCGCUACUCCAUCUGUCAAAACCUGGUGUCUCAACGGGCGUCGUUCCUACUGCUGCUGCAGCUGCUGCCUCUCUGAUGUCAGAUGGUGGAGGCACAACAUUAUAGCGGAGUUUGUAAGAGUUGCAAGAUAGUAACAACUGUUCAUAAUGGUACAAUGUUUAUUCCUCUUUACUUUGCCUGCUUUGAAGCUCAUUUCGUGUCCUCUGACCGCUUAAGAACCACGUGUGAGGGCACACCCCUUACUUUAUUUUUAAUUACUUUUCCUUAUUCAGGUUGGAUGGGGAUGGGGAUGGGCUUGGAAAGGAAGUGGUUUGGCAUAUCCACCUAUCAUGUGGCCUUUUACAAUACCAAACAAAUCAUAGGAUGUUUAUUGUAUUGGUUUCAGUCUAAUUGAUUAAUAACUAUUUAUUUAACUUAGCUGAAUUAUGCCUAUACUCAGAAAAGCACGUCAUUUGGGUGCUGUCA